CGGCUUUAUAUCUUACAGAUGCCGACCAUAAGUUAAAACAUCCUUCUAUUUGAAGAGUGCCAGCAUAUCCCAAAGAGGAUCAACUAUAGUGAUAGAUUGCGAAUUCUCAGAGGUCUAUCCUGAGGCCUCAUGUGUCCUGGUCUACAGAGAGUAUGGCAGUCAUCUCCUGACAGUGGUGGAGUUGUCUCAGCUCUUCAAGUUUCCCUGUCUCUAUCACUGUGGACAACCCUGAAAACUAUACCUUUGCAUUAUUUGGUGAAAUGGUGCAACCAAUUUGGAUGAAGUGCCGCUGGUGUAUACAAAGUCUGGUAAGAAUAACCAAAUCUUGCUUCCUCAGUAAAAAGACAUUUCACAACAAUCAGCUAUGUCAUUCAAAACAAUCCCCAGCUAUAUGCCAUUCACAACAACCCCUGAAAAAGUUUAUACACAUUCUGAGACCCUUUCUUAAAGCUAUUGAGUUACAGAUGAGCAGGAGGAAACAGACAGGGGGAAAGAAGGAGGAAAGCACAAUUCCCAAGCACCAGUUGUUGUCAUAUCCAUUGGCACAGUAGUGGUGUGUGUUCUAGUAUGUGGCUCAGCAGUGUUGGUCCUGGUGAUGGUCAGACGGUAUUAUAACCGCAGCAAGUCACUCUCGCAUCGG